GGCGCGGGGCUCGGGGCGCGGGGGAGUGGGGUGCGGCGGCUCAGGAGCGCGGGGCGCGGGGACCUCCACGGCCGCGCCGACCGGCCUGAGAGCGCAAUGGGGCCCGGCCCGCCGGCCUCCCGGCCCCGGCUCCCGCCGCUGCCGCUGCUGCUGCUCGCGCUGGCGGCCCGCGGGGGCUGUGCUGCGCCCGCGCCCCGCGCCGAGGACCUUAGCCUGGGAGUGGAGUGGCUGAGCAGGUUCGGCUAUCUGCCCCUGGCAGACCCCACAACGGGGCAGCUGCAGACGCAGGAGGAGCUGUCCAAGGCCAUCGCCGCCAUGCAGCGGUUCGGAGGCCUGGAGGCCACCGGCAUCCUGGAUGAGGCCACCCUGGCGCUGAUGAAAACCCCUCGCUGUUCCCUCCCGGACCUCCCGGCUGUGAUCCUGUCUCGAAGGAGGCGCCAGGCUCCAGCCCCGACCAGGUGGAGCAAGAGGAACCUGUCGUGGAGAGUCCGCACGUUCCCCCGGGACUCGCCCCUGGGCCGCGACACGGUGCGCGCGCUCAUGCACUACGCCCUCAAAGUCUGGAGCGACAUCACGCCUCUGAACUUCCAUGAGGUGGCCGGCAGCGCUGCCGACAUCCAGAUCGACUUCUCCAAGGCUGACCACAAUGACCGCUAUCCCUUCGACGGCCCCGGCGGCACCGUGGCCCACGCCUUCUUCCCGGGCGACCAUCACACUGCGGGGGACACCCACUUCGACGACGACGAGGCGUGGACCUUUCGCUCCGCAGAUGCCCACGGCAUGGACCUGUUCACGGUGGCUGUCCACGAGUUUGGCCACGCCAUCGGGCUGAGCCAUGUGGCGGCCACGCGCUCCAUCAUGCAGCCCUACUACCAGGGCCCGGUGGGCGACCCGCUGCGCUACGGGCUCCCCUACGAGGACAGGGUGCGCGUCUGGCAGCUGUAUGGCGUUCGGGAGUCCGUGUCCCCCACAGCACAGCCCGAUACCCCCGAGCCUGAGGAGCCUCCCGCCCUGCCGGAGCCCCCCGACAAUCGGUCCAGCACCCCGCCCAGGAAGGACGUACCUCACAGGUGCAGCACUCACUUCGACGCGGUGGCCCAGAUCCGCGGCGAGGCCUUCUUCUUCAAAGGCAAGUACUUCUGGCGACUGACCCGGGAUCGGCACCUGGUGUCGCUACAGCCGGCGCAGGUGCACCGCUUCUGGCGGGGCCUGCCACUGCACCUGGACAGCGUGGAUGCCGUCUACGAGCGCACCAGUGACCACAAGAUUGUCUUCUUCAAAGGAGACAGAUACUGGGUGUUCAAGGACAAUACCGUAGAGGAAGGGUACCCGCGGCCCAUCUCUGACUUCGGCCUCCCGCCGGGCGGCGUCGAUGCCGCCUUCUCCUGGGCCCACAAUGACAAGACUUAUUUCUUUAAGGACCAGCUAUACUGGCGCUACGAUGAGCACACGCGGCGCGUGGACCCCGGCCACCCCGCCCGGAGCCCCCCGUGGAGGGGCAUCCCCAGCACGCUCGACGAUGCCAUGCGCUGGUCAGAUGGUGCCGCGUACUUCUUCCGCGGCCAGGAGUACUGGAAGGUGCUGGACAGCGAGCUGGAGGUGGCGCCCGGGUACCCGCAGCCCACCGCCCGGGACUGGCUGGUCUGUAGGGAGCCGCAGGCCAACUCCGCAGGCUCGGGUGCAGGUGUAGACGGGGAGGCGGGGGCCCAUGCGCGUCCGGGACAGCACGACCGGAGCCGCUCAGAGGACGGCUACGAAGUCUGCUCCUGCACUUCCCUGGCCUCCCCGGCCCCGGGGGCCUCGGGGCUGCUGCUGGCCACCGCGCUGCUGCUGCCGCCCGGCAUCCUGUGGACCCUGGCCCAGGCCCUGGCACUCUGACAGCUGGCACAGCCCACGAGGGGACAGACCCCGUGAGGGGGCAGACGGGUCGGGCUGCCCAGGGCCACAAAACCAGGGACUAGUGUCCCUGCCCUUCAGUGCCCAAGACAAGAGGUCCUGGAGAGACUGAUGCCACGUGGGGACUUACCGUUGCCAGCCCCUGAGCAAAGCCUGCCCGUCCUGGCGUCCGGGAUGGGGACAAGACCAGCAGAGGGCGCUGCUCCUCGAGCCUGCCUGCGCCGCGGCCGUGGACAGACAGGAGGCGGCGACCUGCUGCCCUUCUCCUCCUCUGCCCGCCCUGCCCUGCCCACUGGCUGUGAGCUGGGUGGCUCCCUCCUGGCCAGGGUGGGCUGAGGAGCCGUCCUGUCGGCAAGCGAGUGACUGGACCCCGCACAGCUCUGCCGAGGGGCCUUCACCCGAGCCCCCUGCCCCUGCCUCGGGCUAAUGGCCACUCUCCUGGCCGGGGCCACCGACCCCACCACUCGACCAUGCCGCUGUCCCCAGUCCCGUGGGUGCUGGUUGCCUUGUGCAGGGCAGCCCCCAACACACAGACGAGCCCCCUGAGCUGGGCCCCGGCCUGUCCCCACUUGUGACGCGUUCAGACAAACAUGACCUCUCCCCACUUCCUGUUGGCUCAGGCUCCGCUCGCUGAUGCGCCCCAGGCGGGGCUGUGGGUGGGCGUCCUCUGGGGCUGACCCCAGACCCGCCUGCACUCCGGCGGUGGGGGCAGCCGGGAAGGCCUGCCGGUGUCACUUCCUGCCCUGCGUUUGUCGACGCCAUCCUGUC